CCCCCUCCUGUUGUCUCUCGUUCCUUCUUGCUGCUUGCCCUUUCAUUCCUUUCAUUCUUCCCUUCGUUCGUAGCUUGCCGAGACGAACAGAAGGGUAAGUCAGGGUAGGGUGGUCUAAGAAUCAGCCUACAGGCAGGAAGGACCCGCCACCUUUUCGUCUCUCUGCAACCACUCAACCCCCCUUCACUGUCAAGUUGAACGAACCUACGGUACUGACAGUACACGACUCGCUCAUCCGCAACCCGCCCCACGCUUCCUCUCCCACCGUACGCCUAAUCCUCACCCGCCAACGAACCUCCGGUCUAACAACUGCAUAGCAGGUAGUUGGUUUGGCAAGGGGGAAAAGAGGAAGAAGAAGAGGAAGAAGAAGGGGGAGGAAGAAAAAUAAAUAAAUAGGAAAGAGGAAACCACUGAGAUUCCAGGGUCAAUCAAUCCAUCAAGCGGGUUCACACCAACCCUUUCCUCCGCCCCUCGAGUUUGCCCAGUUUGCAACAUCUCCGGUCGCUGCCGUCACGAUGGCGGCUGCUGUCAUGGACCCGGUCAAUACCGGUGGGGAGGGGUCCAAGUUCGAGGUUGUCGUCGAGAAACGGCAGCCCAGCAAUGAUGAACAAUUCGAAGUGUUUCCUGAAGAGAAGGAUGAGGAGAUUACCCCCUCGUAUUACUACGAGAAUAUGGGUAUCCCCGUGUUUGAACCUGUAAGUUUACCUGUUCGAGCGCGAUUCCUUUCAAUGUUCUUCGAGGGGGUUUCUGUCGCUUGGGGAUGGAGCUCUACUUUUGCUUUUCGGGAAUGAGUCUUUUGGAGGGGGGGGGGGGGUGCCGAUGGGAUUGAGGGGAGGGAUCUUUUGCUGGCGAAUGCAGGGAGCUAUUGAUGCGGUGGUCCAGAAAACUGACGUCGCGAACAGACAAUGGAUCAGUUCCGCUCUUUUAAACACUUUGUCAAUAAGAUCAAUCAUUACGGGAUGCAGUCGGGCAUCAUCAAGGUCAUUCCUCCGAAAGAAUGGUGAGUUGGUCGCUCCAUCUCCCGUCUGUUAAUUGCGUCCCAUUCGCGAUUUUACUACGCGAUCAUCGUGCGCUGAUGCGCUGAUGAAUUUUUUCGUGUUAUUUUUCGUGCUGACCAUUCUCUAGGACCGACAAUUUAGCCUCCCUUGAAGACAAAUUGAAGGACAUCCGAAUUAAGAACCCUAUCAUCCAGCACAUGGCCGGUGUAGCGGGGGAGUAUAGACAGGAGAACAUAGAGAAGCAGCGGACCUACAAUCUUCCCCAAUGGCGCCAACUCUGCGAAAGUAGCGAACACCAACCGCCCGCAAAACGUGGAGAGAGAAGGAAGGGCCAAGCUAUCAAAGAGGCCCCCGCUGGGAGGAAAGCUAAAUCCAGGAAGAGCGCCGCGGCCGCCGUUGUGGAGGUCAGGGAAGAGGACGUUGUUGCGCUUGAUGACUCGGAGGUUAAUGGACCGGUCGCGGGUUCUAGGAAGAGAAAUCCACCGACUCCUAAGUCGCCGGGAAAGGCGAAGCAGGAGGAGCUUGGUACGCCAGGGCCAAUCACCGAUUCCCAUGGUCGUCAACCCCGCAUGAGUGGUACAGUCGAAUCAACUCCCGACCCCAUCACUGAUUCUCAUGGACGCCAACCCCGCCAAAGGAAGAAAUAUGUCAGGAAAACCGCAAAGGAGAGAGAGGCAGAGCAAGCGAUUGCAGACGACGAAGCGUUUGAUGGGUUUGACUUCCGCAUCCAUAAUGCGGAUGACUAUACUCCGGAGAGGUGUGAUGAGCUGGAGAAAGCCUAUUGGCGUACAUUGACGUACAGUAAUCCACUGUACGGGGCAGAUAUGCCUGGGAGUUUGUUUGAUGACUCCACCACGAGCUGGAAUGUAGCCAAGCUCGAGAACUUGCUUGAUUGCUUGGGCAAGAAACUCCCAGGUGUCAAUACUGCUUAUCUUUAUCUUGGGAUGUGGAGGAGCACCUUUGCUUGGCAUUUGGAAGAUGUAGAUCUCUACAGUAUCAAUUAUAUACACUUUGGAGCGCCUAAGCAAUGGUACUCCAUCUCAAGAGAGGAUAAGCCCAAAUUUGAGCAAGUAAUGAGGGGUAAGCUUUUCUCCUUUUCCCCUCUAUUGGCUCUUGAAUCUAACUCACGACUGUGCUAUAGGUAUCUGGCCCAACGACUCAAAGAAGUGCUCACAAUUUCUCCGUCACAAGAACUAUCUCGUUUCUCCAUCUUUGCUUCUCGGUCACGGUAUCAAGGUCAACAAAUUGGUCCAUCAUCAGGGCGAAUUUGUUAUAACAUUCCCCUUUGGAUACCACUCUGGAUACAAUCUUGGGUACAAUUGCGCUGAGAGUGUAAAUUUCGCCACCGAAGCCUGGCUUGAAUUCGGACGCAAUGCGAAGAAAUGCGAAUGCAUCAAAGAUUCCGUCUGGGUUGAUGUGGAUGAAAUUGAGAGAAAGCUGAGGGGGGAGUCUACUGAGGAUGAGGAUGACGAAAUCGGAUAUUACUACGAGGAUGAAGAUGAGGAUGAACUGGAGGCGAAUGAUCUCCCAACCCCUCCUGAGAGCGUAGAAGGGAAGCCAGUGAAGGCCAAAAACCACAAGAAGAGGAAGCUCGAAGAUGGAAAGGAGCGACCUGUCAAGGUUAAGAAGUUGCGGUUGAAAUUGAGCAAAGAGGCUGCCCCUGAGCCGGUGGGUUUUCGCCGUUGCACCCAUUUUGAUGUAGUAAUCUGGCGUUGACCACUUGUGUGUUCGAUAGUGUAUUCUCUGCCCUAAUAAUAUUCCAUAUGAAGAGCUGGUAGCUACAGAUGAUGGCCAAAAAGCUCAUAGGUAUGAAAUUUCAGCUUUUUCUUCGUUUUUCUCCUUUAUUUAUCUAGUCGGGUGACUUUUAUUAUUAUUUUAUUUUUUCCUUUUUUGUAUACUCUCAUAAGUUCUCCAAGUGUUACCCUGUGAUAGUUGUGGCUGAUAAUGUUUUGUUGCUCGUCCCGCUUAGGCUGUGUGCUAUCUACACACCUGAAACCUACUUCACAUGGGAUGAGGCUCAGCAACAGGAGGUUGUCGCAAAUAUCCCCGGAAUCCCGAAGGCUCGGCUCGAGCUCAGAUGCAUAUUCUGUCGGUCGACAAAGGGUGCCUGCUUCCAAUGCUCCUCCAAGAAAUGCGCAAGAGCGUACCACGCUACCUGUGCUGCGGCAGCUGGCGUCCUGGUUAACAUGUUUGACGUUCCCCACUAUGGUGAAGAUGGUCGGAUAUAUCCGCAAACAGAUAUCGACUUCCGCUGUAGAUUUCAUAGGCCCAAGCGCCCCAAGGGCAUGGAUAGCGAGAAAUUAGAGAAUGAUAUGGUAGUACGGAAGUUUGCUAACAGUCUCAUCAAAGGUGAUGUUAUCCAGAUGCAGUAUUACAGGGGAGACAUCUUCGGUGGGGUGGUUAUCGAGAAUAGAUACAGUGAGGAGUGUGUGGUAGUCAAUGUCCUACCCAAAGGGUCAGUCACCGUCAUCAUUUGUUUUUUCUCUUCAUUUUUUUUUUGCCUUUCCUUCUUUUUUUUUUUUGUAUCGUUUAUUUAAAAGGUGGUUUCUAAUCUGGCUUUAGGACUGAAACAUUGGAGGUUGAGUGGAAGUGGAUAUUGGCUCAAGAUCCUUCGACGGUUCCUCUGCCUUUACCAUUGACCGAGAUGCCUAUGUAUCCGACCGCUCAACAAUCAGGGGUUGCGACCACAAAAGCUUCCAAGCUGAUCCCCGAUCCCGACGAUCCCUUUUGUGACGAAUCGUCUGGUCUCAAGUGGGGAGAACUUGUAAUAGCGAGUCCCCCGGUAAACACAGAACGAACUCCAGUUGACUUUAGCAACCCUAUAUGGCAUUACCUCGGAGAACACUCAACAGAGUAUGUUGCCAAAUAUACUGAUGAUCCGGAAAAGAGAGUCCCGAACGAAACUGCAAGCAUGGGGUCUACUAGGAAACCUAGGGCUAAGAUAAUUAAGACUCCAGCUAAGGCCUCUAAACCUACGUACCUUAGCCCAGACCCCCUCCAGCGCUCACAAGCGUUGCAAUCUCCUUAUACGCCAGAUCAAAUACACGGACACCAUUCUCCUCAGAGUCAUUUUACGGGAGAGACUGGCGUUAGCCACCUCCCCCAACAGCAAUUAUGGGCUCCUGUCUAUCGAUCUCCUAUCCCGGCUGUUUCAAGUGUAUCUUCCGUUGCCAGUAUCGUUGCCGAUGCUACUAAAGCGUUCCUUAAUGAGCACGCGCUAUUCCCGCCAGAGGAACAUGCGAUAUUGACUCGAAUGUUAUCAGGCCAAGAGACUGGGGUGCCUGCAAACCAGUCCCUAACCCUGACAAAUGACGGAACAAGACAGCAUGAUGACGGCUUCUCUAAUCAGGAAACCAUCCAGUCGUCAACUACCUCGAAUUCAAUGAUCGACCCUCAGCUCAUGGCGCAAGGUACCGGACUGGCUACCACUCCAUCCGAACAGAUUGGGGCCUAUGACCCUGUCCUUGUUACGCAACAAAUAUCCGCUCUCUCUGCUCAAGCCACAGAGGCCGCCGAAGGCACGACACCAAUGCACGCCCAUGUAGAAACCCCUAAACAGGCACCUACUUCGGCUAUCGUUGCGACGCCACAGGGAUCCUCGCCACCUCCCUUCGAGUUGCUAGCAGUUAAUCAUUCGCCCAAUGCUUCCGUCCCACAGCAGCCUCUGAAUUUAACGCCUACUCGCAAGUCGGUCCCGUUGGCGGAUAUCCAGGCCGCCCUUGCGCAACUGGCAAGAGCAAAAGCUCAGCAACAAAAGGCAGAAGCAGACGUAGAAGCAGCGCAGGCAGAAGUAGGGGCAGCCCGGGCGCGGGCGCUACAGUCUGCGGCAGGAGCGCUCGAGCAGACACCCGCCCCGCCAUCCCAAGCAUGAUUUUUUUACUUUCCACGAGUUAAAGCCCUUCUUAGUUUCUGUACAUGAUGAUCUCCUAAUGGCGGACUGUGUAAAAUAUAUCUGCCGGGGUUCUUAUUAUUUUUUUGGGGGGGAGGGUGGUAUGGGUGUAUUUUCUCUCCCUUUUUCUUUCACUCUGGUUCGUUUUCUUGGUUCUUUAUUUGGGUGAAUAAGGUAUUAUGCAGUUUUAGUCUUAUGUUUUGUUCCUUUCUUCCUCUUCCCUACUUUACCUUCACUUCUUUCUUCUCUGGAGCCUUUUUUUGCUCAAGUGUAUUUAUGUACUCCCCACACGACGCCGACUACUCUUUGCUCUCCCCUAAUGAGCAUUUCUAGUACCCUCUUCUUAUCGUGGGAGAGUGUCUCAUCUUCCUUCCCUUUCACACGACCGCUACACCGGUGCAAAUUGGGAAGUCUUUGUUAUUUGUUUUCUUUUUUUUUCUUCCUGUUUUAUUCUUACCCAGGCUCCUAAUUGCUUUCUUAUGGGACGAGUAUCUAUUGCCCGCUUAGUUAUGUACAGCAUCAAUGUCCCUACCAACCAUAGAAGUGUAAAAUAAUUCACUUGGCCUAAAAGCGGUUUCUUUGGGGAAAUAGUAACCGGUCUUCGAUCUUGUU